AUGAUGAUGAGUUUCGAGUUUGCUAUUCAGUUUCCCGAAAUCCCAUCGAUAUGUGUGAAGUACUCGAUGAGCUACGGACCUGACUGGAAGCACGUGGCCGGAUCCACCGAGGGACUGUCCGCCACCUGCUUUCGUGGAGAAUCGCAUCGCUUCUAUUCUCGUGCUAUGGUAAUGACCUUAUUCGGACAUGACGUUGUUCGUGGAUACGGUGCACUUCCGAUACCAACUAUUCCUGGA